AUGUCAGAACCUAUUCCAGAGUCAAUUCCCACGUCCGCAGACCCUCGCUCUCAUCGACCCAUUAAACGCGCCCGCGGCGCGAACACUCCUCUGGCGGCCCAAGCGAACGAGAUCGAAUCUCUAUUUCUGGAUCCCAGUCGACCUGUCACUCUACCUCCGCCGUCAACUGAAAGGAAGUCAGCACUACCAGCGCCGCCAGAGAUCGUCGCAAAUGUGCAGGGCUCAUCUGCGGGUGCCGGUUCCGGCGAGUUUCACGUGUACAAAGCCAGUCGAAGACGCGAGUAUGAGCGACUGCGGGUGAUGGAUGAAGAAGCCAAAAAGGAAGAGGAGAACGAGCGGUGGGAACGGGAAGAACGAGAGAGGCGAGAGAGAGACGAGGAGAAGACGAGGAAGAAUCGCGAGAAGAGAAAUAAGAAGAAAGCGAAGAAGGGAGGAGCGAAAGACAAAGACCACACGACGGAAAAUGGUGCAGCGGCUGUGGGCGCAAACAGGGCGACUGACGGGGUGAAGAGGAAGGCUGGCGGCCUCGAGGUUCCGAAACGAGACAAUCAGGCAGAGGACCAGGAAAACAACGGCGGUCUUGGGGAGGUCGUCAAAGACGCAGGCAUAACGAUCCUCGAAGACGAUUGA